ACCAUCUUUCGGCUGCAAUGGCGUUUGCUGCGACAGCACUUUCCGGCAGCGGGGAAACGGAGGAGAAAGCAACGACAGGCUUUGGAAGUAAAGACGAAAUUGUUUCGGAAACCCUCGGAUUUAUACAAUUAUCGCCUAAGUGAAGUGAGCUUUGUUUAUAAACCCGUUGACGAAACUAUAUUUAGAGGUUUUUUUUCUAACGUGCAUUGCCCCCUUGAUGAGGUGGGAUGGCUGCAGUGCCGACUGGGCCUAGCAGCGCAUUGCCAGCAUCCCCGGCUGAAAUUUCUCCCUUCCCCGGGGAAGGGGAGCAGCCCGGCUGCGGUUGGGAGGGCUCUGUAACACGACAGGAGCAGCGGGUCAGCGAGGACAAACGGCCAAGUAAGAAAAAACAGAAAAACAUGCUAUCGCAUGCUAACCCGGCUGCGCUACACCUCAAAACGCAGGCCCCACAGGAACAGCAGUUGAACGGGUUGGUCAGUCCGUCUGAAGACGGUGAGAUCUACAACCACACAACGGAAAACCGAUCCGACAAUCCGAGACCGUCCAUGGAGCUCUGUGACAGCAGCAGUUUUGGAGACGACCCGAGUGACAAAAAUAAUAGCGACCAUUGCUGGCAACAUGAGGACCACAGUCCGUGUUCGAAAGGCAGCCGCCACCCUCACUUGAACAACAAUGGCAUGAACGGUAUGUUGACUAUCACAAGAACUGAGGCUUUCCAAAGCCACACUGUAACCGGACACAGCCCCGGUGGUAACGUUAGGAAAAGGGAAUGUGACCCCACAGAAGCCCCUCGACCACCGAGCCAGCAGCCCCCAGACUGCGAAGGCCUUGGCGAGCACCGGGCUGGAGUAGAGGGUGAACCCGACGUCAUACACCAGCCGCCGGUGUCAGAAUUAGCGAGGCUGGAUCUGAACUGUUCGCCUGACCGAGAAGCGGAAGAGAGCCAGGGUAUUCAUUAUGUCCGCUACGAGUCCGAGUUACAGAUGCCAGGAAUCAUGAGGUUGAUCACCAAGGACUUGUCUGAGCCGUAUUCCAUUUAUACCUAUAGGUACUUCAUCCACAACUGGCCUCAGCUCUGCUUUCUGGCCAUGGUGGAGCAGGAGUGUGUGGGGGCCAUUGUCUGUAAGCUGGACAUGCACAAGAAGAUGUUUCGUCGUGGCUACAUCGCCAUGCUGGCUGUAGACUCAAAACACCGGAGGAAAAGCAUUGGUACUAACCUGGUGAAGAAGGCCAUCUAUGCCAUGGUGGAGGGGGAUUGUGAUGAGGUGGUUCUGGAGACUGAGAUCACUAACAAGUCAGCUCUAAAGUUGUAUGAGAACCUUGGUUUUGUCCGAGACAAGCGGCUCUUCAGAUAUUACCUGAACGGUGUGGACGCACUGAGGCUCAAACUGUGGCUCCGCUAGAGAGAGGAGAAGGAGCAUGACAGGUGCUGCCCUCUUACUGAAGCAGCUCCAGUCUCACUCUCAACCCUGCCCUUGUCUCGUGUGUGUGUGUGUGCAUACACAUACAUACACACACAUACACACACGCACCCACCCACCCAUAUAUAUACAGUUACACACCCACGCACAGUCAUACACCCAUAUGCACACACACAUCGUCAUACACCCACAAGCAUAGAUUCACCUACAUUUGCAUAUACAUAGACACAUGCACACUACUCAUACACAGUACACACACAGUACAUACAGCCCUCCCUUUUUGAUCCUUGACAUCUUGGAAAACAGCUCAAGGCUAAACUGGACAGACAGACAGAAAUCCCACAAUGUUUUAAUGAAGAGGCCCUUGCCCUGUUAGCUGUAGGAUCCUGUGAGAGGGGGAAGGAAGAGGAGUGUGUGAUGUGGUCUGGUGACCUUUAACCUCAGAACAUUGCCCUCCCCCUUCCAACGGAGCAGUAUCUAAGGCAUGAUGUUGAGGGUGAACCCACAAACCCCCGGAGGGCGAUGCAUCACGCAAAAUCACCCACUGAACACAGGAAAACAGAAGAAGAAUAAAAACACAGGGUGAAAAUAAGGAAGAAGGUGGGAAAACGACAGAUUCGAAGGAAAUAUUUGUGGAGUUUAUUUUUUGUGUAUAUUUUUUAAUCUCAUGAUUCAACAGGGGGUUGGAAAAGCUAUUGUGUGUGUGUUCGUGAGAGUGUGUGUUUUCCCUAGGGGUUUGGAAAAGGAAAUGUUUAGGUUAUUGUGUACAUGUGUAAGGGACGUGAAGUAAGGGAUGUGAAGUAAUGUAGUGGAUGGGUGUGUGCGCACGCAUGCUUGGUGGGAAUCAUGAGUUGUGAGUGUUAGUGUGCUUUUCUCCCCCUGUCUGUGUUUUCAUUAACCCUACGUUGUGAGACGAACACGCCAGCUGCUUGCUGCUCAGUUUUCACCCCGUGCCCCAGACCAAGAGCUGGAGCCUGUAAAGAUAUGCAUGCAUUUAUUUUAACAAGAGUGGUGGUAUGAGUGAUGAGUGUGUGUUGAUUAACACUCGGAACAUUGCCCAGUUCCAAACAGACCCAUAGUCCUAACUCCUAGGCACUUGUGUAGAUCUGAAAGGUUUGGAUAGGUGUAAGCAAUAUGGUGCAAAUUCUUCCUGCCUGUCAGAGGGAAAGGUGGAGCUAUUUCCAUUUUAGUAAUACCUAUUCAAUAAUUUCAGAUACACUUGGUAAGUGCUUAGAGGGGUAAGAAUGAGGGGCCUAUUUGAGAUUGGGCACUUGUGUUGGCCCUUUUUGCAGAUCAAAGCUAAUUUUCCCAAAAUGCACUGCCAGCCACUGGAACAUUGCUCAAAAAUCUCCUGAGAAAGAUAAAUAAUUAUUGACAAAGGAGAAGUUUGUUUGGGCUCGGAAACUAUUUCUCUAUUGCAGGUUGUUCAUUCAAAUUCCUCCUAACUUGGAGACUAUUUUUUCCAUGCACCCCUCUGUCUUUCAAUCAUCACAGUUGUCUAUGAAUUAACAACAUGCAGAGCACUGGAGUCCUGUUUCAGUAUGGCAAAGUGUCAGGCUGGAGUAAUAGUGUUAUUAAAUAUGUUGGAUUCCUGUUG